AUAUGACUGUUAAAGCUUUCCAAAGAAACCAGAGAAUUGAGGCCAUCAUCAUUUAAGCGAGAAAACAAUGUGGCCUUCCUUAUCUGGAGUCAAGAGUGCUAGAAGAAGGGGUGCUGUGCUAGGAUGUGGGGCCCUGUGGGAAGACUGAGUUCCCAGGCUGAUCUCCAGCCACCUCUGCCUGCCCCGGGGAUAUCUACCCUCCCCGUGAUCUGGUCUGUGGCAAGUCCACAGAUGCUAUAUGCAGUUUUCCCUCCCGAAUUAUGAAAAUAAUUGCCCUUCAGCCCAUGCUUCACUAACCUGUAGACAGAAUCCAUUCAUUUAUCUAUCACAUGGGCUACAAUUGCUACUUCAAACGAAAACCCAGGAAGUCAAAUCCCUGCUGCUGCUGAAAGUGUAUAAUUAGCUUCUUGCACAGCCUGACCUCACUGAUUUUUCUGACGCAUGUGGACUGCAAUGUGACCUUUCUGAGACCUCCAGUGUCUUCUGCACAGCUGGAGAUGCCCAAAGCUGCACGCAGCACUUCCCGUGCGUGUGGCCUUGCAUUUUUAAGCCUGCAUGUACCUGCCACAUGCUGAAUGGAUCACAUGCUUUGACCACUCACGCACUCACAAGGCUUUUUAAAAUACAGGCAUGGACUCUGAGUGGCUAUAUCAGAUACAAGGAAGUUUCCCAUCCCCUCUUUUUUCUUUUAAAAAUGGUUUUGUAAUGGUGGCCCCUCAAGAAACACUAUAAUUGGUCAGCCUGGGGUGUGUUUGAAGGCCUCCCGAUCACGUCAUUAGCUAUUCCAGGAGAGGAAAGGCAGGGUAUCCCCCCUGGGAGAAUGACAACACGCCCGUUUCAAGUUGGGGAAGAGCCUGUGGUUCUCUUCCUGCGUUUGGGGGAAAGCGAACACACAAUGUUCAUUUCCUAAAUAUGGGAUGUGCUGUGCUGGCAGGUCAUUUUCCACCAUGUCACAUCCUUCUGGCUGAAGGCAGCAGGGGCCAGGACAGGAAAUGGCAAAUUCUCAGAAUGAGACAUGGUUUUCCCAGGGCAGCCAUUGGCCCUUUGAAACUAUAAAGCACGCUCAUCCAGAAACGGCCUCAGAUUUUUCUUCUUGGAAGCAGCCAGAAGUGAAUGAUAAUGACGCCCAUUGCUAGCAUUCCCUGGGAGAGAAGCAGAAGAUAUAUUUCCAUAUGCGGAUGUGAGGUCCUGGGAACUCGUGGGACUCGUCCCAGAUCCCAGAAGCGGGCUUUGUGAACUUGACACAUGACCCGCUGGGAACGGCCCCGUUUCCCCCGGAGGACUCGCGCUCGCGCGCGGGGAGCGCGGAGGCUCGGGGCUAACUGCGUGUGUGUGUCCCCGCAGGGCAUGGAGAGGACGGCGGCCGCGGAGCCGCCCGGCGCCGACGCGCUGCGGCGCUUCCAGGGGCUGCUGCUGGACCGGCGCGGACGGCUGCACGGCCAGGCACUGCGCCUGCGCGAGGUGGCGCGGCGCCUCGAGCGCCUCCGCCGGCGCUCCCUGGCGGCCAACGUGGCGGGCGGCUCGCUCAGCGCGGCGGGCGCCGUCGCCGCCAUCGUGGGCCUCUCGCUCAGCCCGGUCACCCUGGGGGCCUCGCUGUUGGCGUCGGCCGUGGGGCUGGGGGUGGCCACGGCCGGCGGGGCCGUCACCAUCACGUCCGACCUCUCCCUGAUCUUCUGCAACUCCCGGGAGCUGCGGCGGGUGCAGGAGAUCGCCGCCACCUGCCAGGACCAGAUGCGCGAGAUCCUGCGCGGCCUGGAGCUCCUGUGCCGCUCGCAGGGCCGCGGCGACCGCCAGCUGCUGCAGUGCGGCAGGAACGCCUCGGUCGCCCUGUACAGCUCGGUCUACUUCAUCGUCUUCUUCGGCUCCCGCGGCUUCCUCAUGCCCAGGCCGGCCGAGGGCGCCACCAAGGUUAGCCAGGCCGUGCUGAAGGCCAAGAUUCAGAAACUGGCCGAGAGCCUGGAGUCGUGCACGGGGGCGCUGGACGAGCUCAGCGAGCAGCUGGAGUCCCGGGUCCGGCUCUGCACCAAGCCCGGCCGCGGCCAAGACCUCAAGAUCGCUGCCGAGCAGCCCGCGGGGCUGUUUUCCUGAGAACGCCCUUUGCCCCCAGUGACCGAGGCCGGAAGCCACCCCCACGGGAUGCUCCGGAUUUGCAGCUCCCUCAGGAAAACGCCACGUCGGGUUAGGGACUGAACGCAAAGGAUGAGAAAAACUGUUCUUGAAGCGCGUGGGUCCCCACAGCCCCUUGUCUCCCAUCGCUGUGACAUCCUGCCUGGGCUGGGGACUUUUCACCUGUGUCAUCUUGGUGCAGUGUGUGACCUGAAAACUCUUUUUUUCUUUUAGCAAAACCUUUCUGUCUUCACACAGCUGGGCAGGCACUUCCAAUAACUUUGUUUUAAAGUUAUUUAGGUGUCGCCGCCCCUGCCCCGUGUUUUGAGCUGAAGCUGGAGAGGGUGCCACCCUCUGGCGCCUGUCCGAGUCCCACUAGGCUUUGAAGUCCUCAGAAUGCCCGUGGGAGGAGACACUGCCUUAAACCCUGUCUUCCAGAGUUUCUGAUACAAAGCACUCCAGAAUCCGGAGCAAAUCAGACCCCCUCUGAACUCCGUUGGAGGGUUCAGGACCCAGCGGAGGCCCUGGUACUGAUAUGCAGUCUUCUUCCCUGUCCUUUCAGUGUCCUCACUCAGGUGCAGCCUGGGUAUGAGUGGACCUUUCCUGGGUGGCUUCCUGUCCAGGUUCCAGGGACUGUGGGAGGGAAGCCAACCAACCAGGCACCUAAGUCCUGCCCUUGUCGCUUGAAGAAGCCGAGGCCAAAAAAGAGGAAGUGAUUUAACAGCUUCAUUUACUGACCAAAACCCUGGGUAGAGAAGAGAGCAGUGGGUUUUGAGUUGGACAGUCCGGGUUUAUCAUAGGUUUUGUCACCACGCUGGGAGCUUGGCCACCUAUCUCUCUGACCUUCUGUGAAAGAUGAUAAAACAAACUCACCCUGUUGUGAGGUGUUAAGUGAAACAAAGUGCCCAGCACAGUGUGUGGUCCCCCCCCCAAAAAAAAACGUGGUCCCCGAAUUGUCAAAUUAGCAUCAGGAGCUUGUUAGAAAGGAGGAGCUUGUUAGAAAGGAGGAGCUUCUAACAUGCAGGACCUUGUUAGAAAGGCAAAUUCUUGGACUCGACCUCUGAUUUAUAGAAACAGGAACUGUGGAUGUUGGGCCCAGCAACGUGAGUUUAAACAAGUUCUCUGGGUGAUUCUGAUGCACACUAAGGUUUGAAAAUCACUGCAACAAACGUUCAUUUCUGAUCCCCUCAAUGAGCCUUCACGAAGUCUCACAGCUUCUCUAAGGGCUCCAUGGUCUUCUGAGUUAUUCACAGAAGGUCAGGGACAGGCUGUGUCCCAGAAGCCAAAGAAAGAACGUGUGUGUGAAUGCAUCCUGGGGCCACGUCCCACCGUGUGAACUAAGGGAUGUGUUAUAACAUAGUAAACCCUUUAGAGGGCAGUGUUGCCCACUCAUUGUAGAAACUGGUACAAAGGAAUGUGAACUAACCUAAAAUGGACCUUUCUCUAUUUUCUUCUCUGAAAACCACAAGUCCCUGUAUUUUUUAAAUUUAUUUUAAGUUUGUAAUUUAAUUACUGUUUGUUAUUUGCUUUUAAUUUUAUUUAACCACCACAUUUAGAAAUAAUAAGAAUAGCAAGUUUCUGAAUGGGAGACUACUGGGGCUCUUUUCAAGAGAUGAGACUGAAUUUGACUUCCUAAGGCAGGGUGUGAGCUGGAAACAGCAUCGCUUUUCUUGACUAAGUCUCUCCCCUUUAGGGGGGAUUUGUUUUUCUCUAGUGUUUUAAGUGACCCUUUUAAGUAGGUGUGGCAAGUUCUGAAUAGAGAGACCAGGAGCUGUGUUUAAGCUUGUAAUGGAGGCUUGAAUCGUGGGCUAUAUAAAUGAUGAGGCAUAUUUAUCCUGAAGGUACUUUGCCAGAAGAUAACUCUUGACCUGGAAGGAGAACCUAUUUAGUUCAGGAAAAAAAAA